AUGAGUGAAAAUCAGACCACAAAUGAAGAAUCAAAGUCAUCAGAAUUAUCACCAGAAGCUCAUAUUCCAUCAGGAAUAAUAGAUGAAUCGGCAGAUAAUAAAGAAAAAGAAAAUGUCCCAACAGUAUAUGAGAAAGAAAAGCAAUUAGCAACACCGUCAUAUUCAAAAUCUAUUUUAACAUUUUCUCAAUCAAAAAAUACAUCGCCUACAUCAACAAAAACAAAUACAAAUAAGGUAUUAUCAGAUAAUUUUAUUUGUUAUAAAGAGAAGCCAUCAAUUCGGAUUCAUGUUCCUUUAAAAGGACAAGUUAAUGUCUAUGUUAAUUUUGCACGAGAAGCAGAAAAGCAAUAUGGAUGGACAGCUUUACAUCCAUUACAAGCAACGAAUUUAGUAAAGUUAGGGAUGUUAAAAUUUGAUAAUGAACUAGAUUCAGAUGAAGGAGAUGAAUCAGAAUCAAAUGUAGAUGAUGAUAGGAAGUUUAAGUUAUCGGCAACACAUACAGAAAAUGAAAAUUCAAAUCUUCAGGAACCAUUUAUUCCUGUACCAAAGAAACGUAAAAGAAGGAUACAAGAAGAAGAAUAUGAUACUCUUGAUCCAUUUAUUGAUGAUUCAGAACUAUUUUUGGAGGAAAUUGCAGCAUCGAAAGAUGGUUUUUUUGUAUUUUCAGGACCUCUUAUACCAAAGGGAGAUAAAGUAAAAAUAGAAAGAACGGACGAAUCUACAAAAAAAGGACGUUCACGAGGAGGGAAACAAAAUGCAAAUCGUAUGAUUAAUAAAAAUACAAAGCCAAAAGAAGCUAAAAGUCCCAAAGAAAACAACGGAAAAAAGAAUGUAAAAACAAUUCAAAAUACAAAACAUACAGAACAAUCAGAAAACAAAAAAAGUGCACAUUUAGAAAAAACAAUUGAAAAAAAAGAGCCUAAGGAAUUAAAAGCCAACAAAAAUUUAACUCCUGCUAAAGAAAAUCUAGAAUCAAAUUCCACUAAAAGUGUUAAUGAAACUAAAGAAAAUAAAGAUACAACUACACAAAAAUCUAAGAAAAGUAAAAAAAUAGAAAAGCCUGAAAAUGAACAAGAUUAA